CUAAGAUACAUAUAAGUUUGUGAUUUAAUUUAAUUAUUCUCAAAUAUAACAAGCUUUAUAAUCAUUUAUUUUUAUAUUAAAAAGGUGUUUUUCUUUUCAAAUAAAUACAAGUUAUUUAGUAAUAUUUAUUUAUACGACGAACAUUUUUUGUAACUUGGGAAGGUUGAUCAUUUAUCGCUAUUUUGAUGAAUAAUAUUUUGGAACAUUCAUAAUUUUGGCGGUAUCAUGGCUUAUUGUAGAAAGCUUAACAAAAACAAAAAUUAUGUGAACUGUUAUUCUUUGAACGGACUAUUUGUACUGGUUUUUACAAUGAUUUUGAUGUUUAAAUCAGUUAGUAGUACAUUGGAAACGGAGUCAAAAAAUACCAGUUGUUCAAAUGCAAUAACAUGCACUAAAUGUACAAUCAAAGCUCAAUGUCAAUGGUCUCUAGAACAACAAAAUUGUAUAAAAAAGACAAAUUUUUCAAAUUUAAUAGCCUCAACUAUUGGGGAGUGUCCACAGUUUUCAGUUGAUAAACAAUAUAAUUAUGAUAGCAGUUUUAUUUCUCUGAAAUACACUUUUAAGGUAUCAAACGAUUCAGUAGGAUUCACAAAUUAUCUUCGAACCAGUCAAAUUUUUUUACGAAGAACGUCAUCCCUUCAUAGUGCUAUAGUUAAGCAGAUAAUAAAUGAUAGUUUUAUAUUUUCAUUCAACACGCCGACAGAGUACUUCAAUAUAUUAAAUAAUCAGUCGAUCACUGAAUUUCUUUUUAUUGAGUUCAAUAAUGUAACGCUGCGGUUCGACAACGUCGCCGAUCAUUAUGUUACAUUUUAUAGACCUAAUAAUGAAUGUGACAACUACGAGAAGAAGGAAUUCUGUGCAACUUGUGCAUGGAACUAUAACGGGUAUGCGAACUACUUGAGAUGGUGUUCGAAUAAGACAUUGAUCUGUGAGGGUCGAAAGCAGUUGUACCUGAAGAACAGGUCCGAAGAAAUAUUUCCUAUAAAUCGAUUUGUAGACCAGCGAAUUGAAGAAGCCUACGUAACGAACGACUGUUCCGAAGUAAAAGUGAUAGCCGUACACCCGCUGUCCGGACCGCAUACUGGUGGAACGGUGGUAACGAUUACAGUUAAAAACCACAGGAUACUCGCGGAGGACCAAACGAUACUGGUGAUGGUGGCAGGAACGGUGUGUACGAACCCUAGGACAUUGGGAUCAGAAACGAUCACUUGCACCACGUCACCAUGGGUAAACGUUACAGGAGGACCACCGGCUCUCGGUCCGAUCUUGGUUAAAUACUCGUCGGACAAAGGUCGAUUAACGAUCGAAUCGUCGCAGAGGUUCCAGUAUGACGUCCAUCCUACUUGUGGCUCGCCCAAACCCGUACUGGACGCGGAGCAACAACUUAGAGCCUCAGAAUUUGGAGACAUCGUCGUGCCGGUGCGUGGUGUUCAUUUCGUCACACCAUGUGUAGCUUCCUCCGCCCGACUCUUCGUCAAGCUACCAGAUGGUAUUAUGCAGUUCGCGUCCAGUUAUUGUGAUAUACCGGUCAACGACACAUAUAUGGUCUGUCGAUCACCGAGAGUGGACAGCCGUGGCUGGCCUGAUAGGAACUUGUCUGAUGAAGGACUUUUAUUGAAUUUCGGGUUGAAUGUGAUGUAUUCCAUUGGGAAUCAGUCGCUCUCCGUGGAAGGACCGUCGGGUGGUUUUCACGUACUCUUCGAUCCGGUGCUAGUGGAUUUUAAUAUAAUAAAAAGUAAUGGUUCAAUAGUCUUCAACGGUCGCUACUUGAAUCAUUUGCAGUCCGACGUUGUCCUAAUGCGGCUCCCGAAUUCAUCGGCGACGGGUUGCGAAUCUGUGCUGGACUGCGCAGUCGUGGUGUGUUGCAAAAAUGUGAUGAUUUCAGAACAACGUAUAAUAUGCAAGCCGAACAUGACCAUCGCUCCAGCUGCCACCACAUCGCGCAAUAUCUUGGUCACAAUAGGCGAUCGGUUGUCGUACACCGUGCCCAAUAAAUCGUUACCCCCCGCACAACCGUCCAUAUUUUCCGGCUGGCGCAGUGUUGUCAUCUGGUUGUCCGCGUGUCUGUUUAUUGUUUGCGUGUUGCUUUUUUAUCUUAGGAAUAGAAGUCAGUACAGAUUGACGAAAUCUGUUGACGACCCAUCGGUUACUUCCACGAGAUCACAAGCUGGUCUACACUACGAUAUAAUUUUAAAUAGUUAAUUUAGUAGCAGUGUAUUCAUUUUGACUUUAAUUAUUAUUUAAACAUAAUAUAUUACAAAAUAAUACGCCUUUUAUUUUCAAUUAUCCCAAAAAGUAAACAUGUUUUGAUAAAAUAUGUAU